UGUCAUUAAACUUUUUCGAAACCUUAACACCGCAACCUAUAUUUGAAAGUCAGACCUGAAGCCAGAGCGCGCAGCCGAGACAGAGAAGAGUAGACGCAUGGACUUGAACGAUAUAAAGGAAGUUUUGAAUAAGAAUCGGAUCGAAGAUGCCUCUUGGCUUUGUUCCCUUUCUGAAUCCGAGCUUCUCGAAAUGUUAAUUUGUUUGAAACUGUUGGUUUUGCAACGGGCGAAAAUAGUUGGCCAUGAAGAGUUGGCUGAUAAAUUUGAUUUGAAGAUGCUUCGGGCGCUUGGUAUGUUUAUCCUUCUUAAUUAUUGGAUGCUAGCUAUUUGUGUUACAGAAAUAUUUUUUCUCGUCUCCCCUUCUUUGAUUGAUCCUUUAUCUUUAUACUAUAGAGGGGAGUGUUACAAUCUUAUUAGUUACCUUUCAAGUUUGAAUUCAAACAUAUUAUUUUUUAUUAUAUUACAUGAGGAUAAGAUAACGAUCAUGGUUCUUGAUGGUUGGAAGUAAUCGUGUGUGUGAGAUGUUGAAGAAAAAUAAACCAGCCGGUUGCUUUCUUAGGGCGAGAGUUGUAUAUUGAUAUGUAUGGUUGUCAGUCGCUAUUCUUGUAGUUAGUAGAUUCUAUCAUUGUUUCACAAUUAAGUACGAGUUUUUCCUUAUAACAAUAAGAAUCUUUAUUAGCUAAACCUUGUUGCAAAUUAAGCUAUUUUAAUCCAUAUAUUGCAUCAAAAGUGAAAAAUGGUGCUAAGCUCCAUUUAAAGGAUCGUUUGCACUAUCCUCCACAGCCUCUCUGUCAUACUCUAUUGGAUCAUUGCUCUAAGUAUGGUGUUUCCUCUCUUCCCACUAGUCUCUUUAUAUGCUAACAAAACCGAGCUAUACGUUUGACUGAAUGCAGAACACAUUUCCUCUCUUCCCACUAGUCUCUUUAUAUGCUAACAAAACCGAGCUAUACGUUUGACUGAAUGCAGAACACAUAAUUAGGAUUUUGUUUUGUUGAUACUUCAUAUUUCUGCUAAGCAGUUAGUUCUAUCUAGUCUAUGAUUCAGAAAAUCACAUAGCUGGAAUUUGGUCUAUUGCCAAAAAUUUCUCCUAUUUCAUGGGUGGUUGAGUUUGACUGUCAGUUUGCAAUUUAACUGAUCAUAAAUCUCUCUUUUUUAUUUUGUGUUGGGCUUAUUUUAAUGGAAUACUCUAAGCAGAAGUUUAAGGAUUUGUCUCAUAUUCCUGGCUCAGCUGAGCCUUCAUCAUUAAUCAAUGGCUGCAAAUUAUUGAAAUUUAAUCCCUUGGAUAUCUUGAGCAUAGAAGAGUUAGUGUCAUGUAUCAACAUCGAUUCAAGAAGGAGACCUCCAAAAAGGUAUGUUGAAGCUGCAAGGCUGAUGAGUACCUGACCCUGCACUCCUAUAUUCUGCAGACUAAAGAUUCCAGAAGUCAGCUCCUCCUCUCGUCUGCAGUUUCCUUUCAGUGCUAGAUUCUACCAACAGUCAGCAGUGCCCAGUCAACUCCAACACCAAUAAUGACACACAAUAUUGUAAAUGAUUGGAACCAUCAUAGCUAUUACUAAUAGAACUUUGUAUUCAUUUAUUAGAAUCAAUGUAUACGAUGGAUUCGAUUACAGAUAAACUUUUCAUUACAUUACAGUGCUUAAUUCCAGAUUACAUGCAAUGAAUACAGGUUCAUCAAAACAGAGCUAAAACCAUCCUUCAUGGCUUCCGAGAGGCCUGUGCUCUCCGUU